CUCUUAAAAUAAUUGUAUGAAUUUAAUAACCUUAUUUUAUUUAAACGAGAUUAAGUGAUUUAUGGAGAGAAAAAUCGUUUUAAAAGUUGAACCAUUUAAGUCUUUGACUCUGAUACGUGUGCAUCAUUUCCUCCUACACGAGCAUAUUUACACAUAAUCCAUACAAAUUUCGUUCAGCGAUAAUUUAAAAAAAAAUUUAAAACGAGAAAUUACUGAAGCUAUACACAUUAUACAUUUAAUAAUGGAUUUCUCUCUAUUUGAAUUGAUUUUGAUCUCAAUUAUGAACAUCAAGCAUAACUAUUAUUCUACAAGAAGCGGUCAUAAUGCAAUUGACGACAUCACGAACCCCAUACGAUCCGAGCUUGGAGAAAUCAAUAGAAAUCAUGAAUUAGUAACGACUUACCUUAGUACCAUAGAUGACCAUUCGUCAAACAAUGCCAUAUCUGAUAGAAGAACGGCAUUUGUUGCAUCUUCCCUUGCUCUCACAGCGAUUGGAACCUACAUUUCGACACAAACUUCGAAUUUGAAUUCCAGUCGAUGCCUAUCAUCCGAUCGGGAUUGUUCAUUCUACUCGCGUUGUCUUGAGAACGCUAUUCCAUGCGGGGAAAAUGGCUACGCGACCGGAUUUGGGACGAAAUAUUGCACCAAAUUUAGCCAAAAUUCGUCCAAAUUUUCUCCAAAGGGACAAACGUGGAUGUGGAAUACAAUGUCAUGCCUACAAAAGGUCCUUGAACCAAUCGCUAAUAAAGAUACAAAUAUUUCCAUGAAUUGCAGCCAAAUUAAGGAAUUUGCGUACAAUUCGCAUCCAAAUUGUUAUGUUAUAUCAACUCCAGGCGGAGUUUGUCUACUUCCCGUUACAGAUUGGGUUGAACUCGUCAAAAUUGUGGAGAUUGAUAUGCCUGCUUUAAAACAGGCCGUCAGUGUUGCUAAAUCUUGUGGAAAAGUUUAUUACGGGAAGAUUUUGGCUACGACGAAAACUUUGUAUGCGUCGUUGCACGAUAAAUUGCAUUCGAUUGUUUGACGUGUGUAUUUAGUUCCGGGGCAUAAUAAAUGAUAUUGUUACUAAUUUUGAAUUGAAAAUUGAAUACAUUUUAAAGUGGAAGGUUUGGA